GCGAGUGAAGGUGGCGUUCUAUUUCUAUCCCUUCCAGCAUUUGGAUAGUAAAAUAAAAAUAAAAUAUUGACAGACUGAAAUGUCGAACCUUCUGAGAGGACAACUUGCCUUCAUCACAGGAGCUGGCGGCGGAAUAGGAAGAGCUGUCUGUCGAGCCCUAGCAAAAGAGGGUGCGGACAUAAUCGCUGCGGAUGAAAAUAUCAGAACAGCCAAAGAAACAAUUUCUGAUUUAACGAGUUCCAAUCACUUACCCAUUCAAAUCGAUGUGUCGAAUGCUGCGAGUGUAGACGAUGCCCUGAAAAAAGUUGUCGGUCAUUUCUCUCGGGCGCCAACGAUUGUGGUGAACGCCGCUGGGAUAACUAGAGACAAUUUUUUGCUCAAACUCCCUGUGGAAGAUUUUGAGAAAGUCAUAGAUGUCAAUUUGAAGGGGACGUUCCUCGUGACUAAAGCCUGUGUCAAUUCGAUGAUCGAGGGAAAUGUCUCUCGAGGGGGUUCUGUAGUCAAUAUUGCUUCGAUCGUUGGGAAGACUGGGAAUAUUGGACAGAGUAAUUACUGCGCAUCGAAGGCUGGAGUGGAAGCUUUCACGAAAACUGCUUCUAUGGAAUUUGGAAAGUUCGGAGUGAGGGUAAACGCAGUGCUUCCAGGCAUAAUCGAGACUGCGAUGAUCGAAACAAUCCCCAGCGAAGUGAAACAAAUGUUCAAGAGCAAAAUAGCACUUGGGAGAAUGGGAAAACCAGAAGAAGUCGCCGAAUUAGUGCUGUUCCUGGCCUCUCCCCAGAGUUCCUACAUCAACGGAGCAUCCGUCGAGAUAACAGGAGGGAUGCACUAGCCACCUCCAGCCCUUAAUAAAAAAACAAUUCAAUUUAAUUUUCAAAACAUAAAAAUGAAACUCAUAUUUUUUCAAUAAAAAAAAAAUC